AUGGCUAGUCCACGAAUGCAAUGGGUGAGUCAGCGCAUUCUCGAGACAUUUGAGCCAAGUGUGACUCCAGUUGACGUGAAUGAAUUCUUGGCAUGUGCCGCCGCACGAAAGCUUUUUGACGAAUUGUUUAGUGGGAAUGAUACGUGCAAAGUAUUUGUGCAUUUUCAAACUGAUGCCAUUGGUGAACUCAGUAGUGAAGACAACAAUAAAGCACCGAUAGGUAAACUUUGUGCAUCACAAGGAAAUUCGAUUCCAAUUCGAGCGAAAUGCUGUUUUUUCCUACGGACUACGGCAGAUGGAAAACCAAUUGAUGUCCAAAAAGCUAGCGAUAACUCCAUUUGUUUUGGUGAGUUAGCUCCAAAUAUCUUACGUGAUCUUGAGACGACCAUCAGUUCGCUUUUUUCACCUCAUUUGAAAGCGAAAGAUGAAUGGGGUAGAGCCAAUGGGGACUUGACACACGACUUUAUUUCGGAAUCGGAUCGAUUUGCUAAUGAUCUAAAGGAGGCACUAAAUAGUAUGGAUAGUGGACUUGAAUUGAGACGACCGGAUCGAAGUAUCUUGGCUGAAUUAUUGAACAACAAUGGACGUGGAGGGGUGAGAGUAAGGGCAAGUGUACUGGUUGCCGAAUCACCAACACUCGUCACGCAUUAUGAAGACGUACUCAAGGAAUGGUGUGAUGUCAUUUCAACGUAUUUGACGACAAACACGACUAAUGAUAGUAAAGGAAAUAGUAAUCAGACGAUUGAUGAUAAUGGUCCGAUGGGAGAACUUGAGUAUUGGAGACGACGAAUGCAGCGACUAACCAGUAUCACAGAGCAGCUGAAAAUGAGCGAAUGCAAGGAUGUCUUUGCAGUUUUGACCAGGUCAACCAAAAGUGUCAAUGAUGACAUCAAACAGCGAAUUCAGACGCUGCUUCGACGGUGGAAGCAAGUUGACAUUGGCAUCACCGAGGCAGCCAACGAGGCCAAGGAUAACGUUAAAUAUCUGUUCACAUUAGAGCGAUUCAUUAUUCCGCUGUACAAUGGCACACCUACCUCUAUCAUCGAUACGCUACCGGCCCUUAUUAACUCGAUCAAGAUGAUCCACUCGAUUGCCAGAUAUUACAAUACAACGGAACGAAUGACCAAUUUAUUUACAAGAAUUACGAAUCAAAUGAUUUCAAAUUGUAAGCAUUGUGUAACUGGUGGUGAAACUUACGAAGUCAUGUGGGAUAAAGAUCCCGAAGAGUUGGUGCGGCAUCUUGACUCCUGUCUUAAGCUGAAUGAGGCGUAUCAACAGCAGUAUCGAGUCACAAAAGAAAAGCUUCUCACGACACCCAAAGGCAAACAAUUUGACUUGAGUGAAGCUAAAAUUUUUGGUAAAUUUGAUCUCUUCUGUCGACGUGUGAUGAAGCUCAUCGAUAUGUUCACGACAAUUCAGCAAUUCUCGUCUUUAGGUCAGCAUCGUCUUGAAGGAAUGGACGAUGUGAUCGCGAAAUUUAACUCGAUUAUACGCGAAUUUCAGUACCGUAACCACGACCUUCUUGACUACAAGAACAAUCGAUUUGAUCGCGACUAUGUUGAGUUUAAUGUCCGGAUCUCAGACCUCGAAGGUUUACUACAGAAAUUCAUCAACGAUUCAUUCGACAAUAUCACGUCCAUCGAGCAUUCGCUAAAUUUGCUGCGUAAAUUUCAGACCAUUUUGCAGCGGGAGAACCUUAAAGCCGACUUGGACUCGAAAUUUAACGUGAUUUUUCAGAACUACGGACUCGAACUUGAGCAUGUCUUGCAGCAAUAUGAAAAGUACAAGCAAAAUCCACCGUACCCGCGCAAUUUACCACCAGUAGCCGGUAACAUUACGUGGUCAAGACAUCUUUUAAAACGAAUUGAAGAGCCUAUGAAGAAAUUUGAGUCAAAUCAGAAUGUUUUGGCGAGUAAAGACGCUAAGCGAAUUAUUCGCAUGUACAACAAAGUAGCACGAACUCUGGUAGCGUUUGAGUAUAUUUGGUACCAAGCUUGGGUACAAUACAUUGAUACAGCUAAAGCUGGGUUGCAGGCUACGUUGAUCAUUCGUCAUCCUGAAGACAAUAAAUUGUACGUCAAUUUCGAUCCUGAAAUUUUGCAGCUCUUACGUGAAGCGAAAUGUUUGGAUCGAAUGAGUAUUGAGAUUCCUGAGGCAGCUAAGAUUGUUUUGCUUCAAGAAGAUAAGUUUAAGAAUUAUUACAGUGAACUUCAGUAUGCUCUGGCUGAAUAUGAUCGUAUUGUUAGCAAAGUUAUCCCCGUAACUGCGAUGCUGUUGCGGCCUCAUUUUAACGAUAUGGAAUUUAAACUUCGUCCAGGCAUGAUUACAUUAACGUGGACAAGUAUGAACAUUGAUGCUUAUCGAAGUCACAUUCACUUAGGUCUUCAACAUUUAGAGGAAUUGGUGACAAAUAUCAACGACAUAAUUGAAAAUCGAAUUGAAAAAAACAUGCGAAUUGUAUCCAAGACCAUGCUUGUCGAUUUACCUGUCGAUCAAUCAUUUUCACUGGAUGAUUUUGUGGCCAUGCAAAGUACAAAUAUCAAACGAGCAGGUGCGUUAUUGCAAGGCAAGAACGUUGAAAUUGAGAAUGCAGUAGACGACAUGCUGAAAAUUAUUAUCCAGUAUCCGCUAGACUCGCACAUUGAUGGAGUUCCUAACGAAGAAGUUAUGAAGCUCAAAAAACACUACAAUCAUUUCAUGUACCAAGCGCUAUUACACUGUACCAAGAACUCGUUGAAUACGAUAAAAAAAAGAGUGGCUUCACGAUCCAUAUCGUCCAUUUUUACUAUCGAACGUCCAUUUUUUGAAGUCGACGUACAGCUAAGCGUCCCAAAUGUCCAAUUGCAUCCGUCUUUGGAUGAAAUCCAGCUGGCUAUUAACAAAGCUGCACAGACUGUACUUAGCUGCUCGAAAGAAUUAUUAGACUGGGGACAGCUCGAUUUAUCUGCUGGAGGUACAGAAGUAGCUACAACUACUAGUAGCGGGACUGCUGGCAAACUCACAUUCUUCGAUCGAAUUACAAAGGACAUUGAGAUUGUUCGGGUGGUGCUCCUGCUUACUGGAAGCGUCCAGGGUUUACGCAAUAAUGUGUCGGAAUAUUUAAGAUCGUUCAAAAAGUAUGAAUGGCUCUGGAUGGAGCAAAAGGACGCUGCGUACGAUAAAUUUCUCAAAACUAAUCCGGAUUUGCAAGAUUUUGAAAAGAAACUGAAGUCUUUUGUCGACAUUGACACUGAAAUUUCACGAUUAACACUUAUCUACAACAUUGGAGCACUCUCUUUAAACACUCGAAAUCUGAAAUUACAACUCAAACAUGAAAAUGCGCAGUGGAAAUUGAAAUUUUCUGAUAAUCUUCAUAACCAAGCAAGGCGAAAGAUGGAGUCCUUAACGGAAUAUUUUCGCUCAACUAUGGGCAAGUUGAAUCGAAAAGUUGUGGACUUGGAUUCCUUGCGAUUUGUUAUGAAUUUAUUGAAAGAAGUGCGAGCUCGAGAGAGCGGCAUUAACAUGGAAAUUAAUCCUGUCUUAGAUAUGUACGAAAUGCUCGAAUACUAUCUUCUGGAUGGGUUCAUGGAUAAAGAAGAGAUGGAUCAAAAGUCGGUUUUACGUAGUAAUUGGCGCAAACUGAUCCAUCAUGCUGAAGCUCGUACCGACGAGCUGAGCAAGACCCAAGCAGGUUUCAAACGUGGUCUUCUACGUGAUAUUAAAGAAUUUAUUGUUGAUGUGAAACAAUGGCGUGAAGAUUUUCUCGCGAAUGGUCCGAUGGUGAUUGGUAUUCCUCCAAUUGAAGCUGUUGAAAGGCUCAAUCGAUACAAGGAAGAAUUUAAAAUCCGCGAGCGUAAACACGAGCUGUACUUGUCUGGAGAAGAGCUCUUUGCUUUACCAAAGACAACAUACCCAGAGUUAGAAAUGACGAAGAAAGAAUUACAGCUUCAGGAUAAAUUGUUUGGGCUCUAUACGGAUGUUUUGAGUACAAUUGAAGACUGGAAACAAAUUCCAUGGCUAUCCGUUGCUGAGCGCGUACAAUCAAUGACAGAAAAAGUCGAUGCCUUUUCUCUUCGAUGCAAGAAAAUGCCAGGUAAAUUACGGGAGUGGGAAGCGUAUACUGAUCUAAAAAAGAUGAUUGACGACUUUACUGAUGUGCUACCACUACUCCAAGAACUAAGUAAAGAGAGUAUCAAGCCUCGACACUGGGAAGCUGUGAUGGUAAUCACGAAGACGCAGUUGGAUGUGACUGCUCCAGAUUUUAAGUUACAGGCUUUGAUGGAUGCAAACAUUGUGGAGUAUAAGAAUGAAAUCGAAGAAGUGACAGAUGGUGCUGACAAACAGUUGAAAAUUGAAGUGCAGUUGGGAGAAAUCUCAGCGCGCUGGGAGACAGAAGAGUUUCAGUUUCAAGACUGGAAAAGUCGGAAUGUUCCAAUUCUCAAAGCAGUGGUACCCGUUGUGGAAGAAUUGGAAGAAACACAAAUGAAUCUUCAAACAAUGCUAUCGAUGCGUCAUGUGAUUCCAUUCAAAGAUAUUGCUCAGGGUAAAUUGGAACAAUUAUCCGAUACAUCGGAGACACUCGAGCGAUGGAUCAAGGUGCAAAUGUUGUGGUGUUCGCUAGAAUCGGUGUUUACAGGGGGUGAUAUUGCGAAACAAAUGCCUGUGGAAGCUAAGAAAUUUCAAAAAGUUGACAAAGAUUGGGCAAAGAUCAUGGCAAAAUCCGAAGAAGUGAAAAAUGUUGUAGCGUGUUGUGCCAGUGAAUUGCUGCGAUCGUGUCUCCCAACAAUGUAUUCAGAACUGGAAAAGUGCCAAAAGAGCCUGGAAGGGUAUUUAGAACAGAAGCGCAACAAGUUUCCUCGAUUCUACUUUGUAUCGAAUCCUGGUUUGCUGACGAUCUUAUCGCAAGGAAGUGAUCCGUUGAGUAUGAAUGAACACUACGAAAAGGUAUUUGAUUCAAUUGAACGCGUCUAUCAUGACAAGAAAGAUAAGACGUUGAUCCAUACAAUGGUGUCGGGAGUUGAAGAAGUGCGAUUUUCUCAGAUCGUCAAAGCACAGGGUAAUAUCGAGGAUUGGCUGGCCACUUUGCUACGUGGUAUGCAGAUUACAAUGAAAGAUAUUUGUCGACAAAGUGCUGUAGAUAUUGGCGUCGUAGGCAACGAUUUAAAGCGCCUACGGGAGUUUGUCGACCGGUACGUAGCUCAAUUUGCGCUCCUUGGCAUUCAAAUGAUGUGGACAACAGAUAUUCAGACAGCACUGGAACAGUGUCGCGUAAAGAAAAACAUUAUUAAAGAUACAAGCACGAAACAAGCGAUGGUGUUGACGGAAUUGUCAAACUGGUGUUUAGGAGAUCUGGGUUCGAAGGAGAACCGGAUUAAAAUCGAGACACUUGUGACGAUCCACGUACAUCAGCGUGACGUCAUGACUGAUCUUGCGACAUUGUACAAACAAAAGAGAAUCUCGGAUCCGAAUGAUUUUGAAUGGCUCAAACAAGCACGAUUUUAUUGGAGACCAAGCAAUGGUGACGAAUUUAAUCCCGACGGAGCGUGUGUUAUCUCGAUAACGGAUGUGGAUUUUAACUAUCAAUUCGAGUAUCUGGGAUCUAAAGAGCGAUUAGUAGUUACUCCACUAACCGAUCGAUGUUAUAUCACAUUAGCUCAAGCUUUAGGUAUGUACUUUGGUGGUGCACCCGCUGGACCUGCUGGAACGGGCAAGACAGAGACCGUUAAAGAUUUAGGUCGUACCCUUGGAAUUUACGUCGUGGUGACGAAUUGUACUGAUCAACAGAAAUACACGGAUUGUGCCAAAAUCUUCAAAGGAUUAUGUCAAGGUGGUCUUUGGGGCUGCUUUGAUGAAUUUAAUCGUAUACAACUACCUGUUUUGUCCGUCGUCGCACAACAAGUGCUUGCGAUCCAAAAUGCAAAGAAAACGGGCACAAAGUAUUUCCAAUUUCCUGGCGAUCCGCAGAAUAUUCUACUCACGCAAGUGUGCGGGUAUUUUAUUACCAUGAAUCCUGGAUACGCCGGUCGACAGGAACUUCCUGAGAAUCUGAAAGCGUUAUUUCGCGGUGUAGCGAUGAUGGUACCUGAUUUUGAGAUUAUCAUGAAAGUCAAGCUGUGUUCCGUGGGGUACUCAGAAUACCAAGAUCUUGCCAAAAAGUUCUUUAUCCUUUACAACACAUGCAAGGAACAAUUAUCUGCUCAGAAGCAUUACGAUUGGGGACUACGUAAUAUUCUCGCUGUGCUCCGAAGCGCCGGAAAGAUCAAACGAGACAAUCGCACCGAUCUUGAGUCAAAACUACUGUACCAGACUUUACGUGAUAUGAACCUUUCGAAACUUGUAGCACAAGAUGUACCUCUUUUCUUGUCCCUCUUGGCCGACUUAUUUCCAACUGUUCAAUCGCCUCCAAAAGGCUCAUACCCAGAACUAACUCUUGCUUUACAAGCAGAAAUUGAUAAACAAGGGAUUGUCGACCAUUCGGGAUGGGUCAAUAAAGUUAUUCAACUUUAUGAGACGCAGCUUGUUCGUCAUGGAAUUAUGUUGGUAGGUCCAACGGGAGGUGGCAAGACGAAGAUCUUUGAUGUCUUGAUGCAAGCACUUACCGUCACGACAAAUACGGUUCACAAACAAUCAAAACUCAAUCCAAAAGCCAUUCGUGCAGCUGAAAUGUAUGGAGAAGUUGAUCCAAUGUCAGGAGAAUGGACGACAGGAGUCUUUGCAGCUAUGUGGGCAAAGUACAAUAACAAAGCCAAUAAAUUUAUCAUGUGGAUGACAUGUGACGGACCUGUCGAUGCCAUUUGGAUUGAAGAUCUCAAUACUGUGCUAGAUGAUAACAAGAUCUUAACACUUGCAAAUGGAGAUCGAAUGCCCAUGACAGACAAUGUCAAACUCAUGUUUGAAGUCGAAACGUUAGUAAAUGCGAGUCCAGCAACCGUCUCACGUGCAGGAAUUGUUUUUAUUAGUGACACAGACUUGGACUGGGCUCCUGUGGUUGAAGCGUGGAUUCGAAAACGUCCAGUUACUAAUCAGACGAUAUUUCGGGACUUGUUUUUGAAAUAUAUGGGGGAAAACAACCCCGUGAAGCCAGGCCAUUGUUUUGACUAUUUAAAUCGGAACACUGAAGGUGUCAUGCCAGUAUCUCGCGUAGGACAAGCUGCUCGAUUGUAUAAUCUCAUGACUGGUUUAUUGCUUGGAGAGCAUGGGUUGACGCUGGCAGAAGAUGCUGGAAAACUGAGGCUACAGCUCGAAAAAUUAUUCUUGUACUGUCUUUGCUGGUCCCUUGGUGCACUCUUGGAACAAGAUGAUCGUGUCAAAUUUGACGAGUGGCUACGGCAGUACGAUGACAAUGCUCUGCUUCCAAAAUGUGAGGCAGAACAGACGGUAUACGAAUACUUUGUUGACCCACAAAGUUGGGACUGGAAGCUCUGGCGACCAGCAAAAUGGGAGUAUCCCAAGGGUACAAAACGACUUGAUUUUUCCAAUUUGCUUGUACCUACCAUGGAUUCAGUUCGGACGUUGUAUCUACUUACCAACUUGCACAAACAACGCAAGCCAGUUUUGAUGGUUGGCGGUCCAGGAACCGCUAAAACAUCGUCAGCUUUGAUGUUUUUUAAUGAAUUGAAUCCAGAAGUCAUGAUGAUUAAACGAGUAAAUUUUUCAAGUGCUACAACACCAUAUAUGUUUCAAAAUGCAGUUGAAAGUGAAUUGGAUAAACGAGGAGGAAAGAGUUUUGGACCUCCUGGAGGCAAGAAAAUGACCGUGUUUCUCGACGAUCUCAGUAUGCCAUUAGUGAAUGCGUGGGGAGAUCAACCGACGCUUGAGAUUGUGCGUAUGAUCAUUGAAUUAAAUGGUUUUUGUUUCUUGUCGAAAGAUCGACGAGGUGAUUUUAAAGUAUGUGAAGAUCUACAAUACGUAGGCGCUAUGGGGCAUCCAGGAGGUGGACGCAAUGACAUUCCAAAUCGGUUAAAGCGUCAAUUUUACUUGUUCAACUUAAUUUUACCAUCUCUAACGUCAAUCGACGAUAUUUACGGCCAGAUGCUCGCAGGACGAUUUGAUUUGGAAACGUAUAGUAAAGAAACACUAAAUGUCGUGAACAAACUUACGCGUGCGACCAUUGAUUUAUGGAAUUUCAUGAAAGCAAAGUUGUUGCCGACACCAGCAAAAUUUCAUUAUAUUUUCAAUAUGCGGGAACUCAGUCGCGUAUUUCAAGGCAUUUUACUCACCCCAACGGAAACGUUUACGACUGGUGGAGGAUAUCGUGUAACACAAGGUAAAGUGGCAAAAAUGGAGCCUGGACAAGUAGUUUUACUUACGUGGAAACAUGAAUGUGCGCGCGUCUUUUGCGAUAAAUUAACAAACAAUAAAGACAAAGACUUGUUCGGUGCUUACAUGAAAGAAUUGCUUAAAGUGCAAUUUGGUGAGACGUUGGAAGAAUUUUGUCGACAGGAUUACUGUAUGGUGAAUUUCCUUCGAGAUCCAGAAGAGGAUGAUGAAGGUGGUAUGGCUGACACGGCAGUUAAAAUGUACGAACCGGGUGGCACCGUCACAGAUGUACGCACCCGCGUACUUGAGUUUCUCAACAAGUACAAUAGCGAUUUUCCCCAGCGACAGAUGCGUUUGGUUCUCUUUGAUGAUGCGUUAAAUCAUUUGUUACGAAUCUCGCGCUUGCUCGAAAUGCCUCGAGGAUCAGCGUUGCUUGUUGGAGUAGGUGGAUCCGGAAAACAGUCACUCACGCGCUUGGCUGCGUACAUGGCUGGGUCGACAAUUUUUCAAAUUAUUCUCACGAAAACGUACAAUACCAACUCGUUUAUGGAAGACAUUCACGCCGAGAUAAAGAAUGAAAUUUUCUUAGAAUUAAUCAAUUCGAUCCUCAUGACUGGUGAAGUGGCUGGUUUAUUUGCAAAGGACGAAAUGAUGGCCAUGACCGCUGAUAUUCGCAAUUCGUUCGUCAAGGAACGACCGGGUCAAGCAGAGACUCAAGCAAACUUACGUCAGUACUUUACCGACUGUGUCCGCGAUAAUCUACACGUGGUGUUAUGCAUGUCGCCAUUAAAUGCCAAAUUUGCCGAACGUGCGCGUAAAUUUCCUGGUUUAAUCAGUGGACCUACAAUCGACUGGUUUUUACCGUGGCCAGAGGACGCACUGAUUGCCGUAUCGAAGGGAUUUAUCCACGAUUAUCCCAUGGAAUGUGACACAAAAGUCAAACAAGCACUAAUGACCCACAUGGGUAUGGUACAUCGGAUUGUCACGGAUCUGUGUGAAGAAUACUAUCAAAAGAUGCGACGACGUGUGUACCAGACGCCAAAAUCGUACUUGAGCUUCAUUGAGUCGUACAAGAAAAUGUACAAUGUCAAGUUAGAUGAGAUCAAAGUGAAGGAACAGCGUGUGAAUUUGGGAUUAAAAAAGCUUAUUCAAGGAGCAGAAGACGUUCGAGCCAUGUCAAUUGUGCUCGCAGACGAACAAGUUAAGCUUGAAAAAGCUACAGUGGAGACAAAUACGAUGCUUCAAUCACUUCAAGUGUCAUCUGCAGAAGCACACAAGGAAGGGGAUCAAGUUGCGCAGAUUAAAGCAAAAUGUGAAGAAGAUGCAGCGCGAAUUUCAGCUGAAAAGGAGCUUUGCGAACGCGAUCUGGCCAAAGCAAAACCUUUUGUCGAAGAAGCCGAGACGGCCAUUGACUCGAUCAAACCGGCACAUAUUGGCGAGAUCAAGAAGCUUGCCAAGCCGGCAGAUAUUAUCCGACUCGUGUUCGAUGGCGUCUUGAUUCUCUUUAAACUGCCAUUGAUUCCAGUGAAACAAGUUAAGCUCAAUGUAGCAAAGCAAGAGAUUGACUUUGUCGAGACGUCGUUCUCUCCGUACGCGCAGUCGAUGAUGAGCGACUCAAACUUUCUUAAGAAUGUUCAAAACUUUGGUGCUGUUGGAAAAGACUUGAUUAAUGAAGAGACAAUCGAGCUUUUGACACCGUACAUGGAACUCGAGGGAUUCCAGCCAAGUGUCGCCAAGAAUGCAUCACUUGCCGCUGAGGGAUUGUGUACGUGGGUUCGCGCGAUGAAAUUUUACCAUGAAGCGUCCAAAGUCGUCAAGCCAAAGCUGGAAGCGCUGACAAUUGCUGAAGGACAAAUGGAAGCAGCAAAUAAAGCAUUGAAUGCUGCAGAAUUGCGUCUGUCAAAGUGUAAAGAGCGAUUAAAUGAGUUGCAGCAACUGUUUGAAGCACAAAUGGCCGAGAAAAAACGCAUCGAAGACGGUGCAAACGCGCUGUCUCGAAAGAUGCAACAGGCGUCUGAUCUGAUCAAUGGCCUGGCUGGCGAACGCGUUCGAUGGACGGACGACUCGAACAACUUUGCUGACCUGAAACGACGACUCGUGGGCGACUGUGCCGUCGCUUGCGCAUUUGUAUCGUACUGCGGACCGUUUAAUCAAGACUUUCGAACGUACAUUGCUCAAAAAAAGUUUGUACCGGACUGUGAGAUACGCCAUGUACCCGUGACGGUCGAUCUUGAUGUCAUUACUUUCUUGGUAGAUGUUGGUACAGUUGGCGACUGGAACAUGCAGGGACUCCCAACAGACUCGCUUUCGAUUCAAAACGGCAUCAUGGUCACCCGUUCGUCGCGAUACCCAUUGCUUGUGGAUCCCCAGGGUCAAGCGCUGUCGUGGAUCAAGAAUAAAGAAGCGGAUCGAGUUCCGAGCUACGGCACGACGUCACUUAAUCACCCAAAGCUGAAGGAUCAGCUGGAGUUUUGUAUGGGCGAAGGCAAAGCGCUAAUCGUUGCCGGGGUUGAGGAAGAGAUUGACCCAAUGUUGGAUCCCGUGCUUGAAAAGCAGAUCAUUACAAAGGGCAAAAGUCUUUCGAUCAAUGUCUCGGAUAAGAACAUGGAGUUCAACCCAGCGUUCUCCAUGUAUUUUAUCACGCGACUGCCAAAUCCACACUUCGGCCCCGAACUGCAGGCCAAAACGACAGUGAUUGACUUUACCGUCACGAUCAAAGGACUUGAGGAACAGCUUCUUGGCCGCGUCAUUGGUAAGGAACAGAAGGCGCUGGAAGAGCAGCUUGCACAAGUGCUAGAAGACGUCAACAUGAAUACAAAGUCGCUUUUAGCUCUCGAUGCGUCGCUUCUAGAGCGGCUGACGUCUAACACGGGCAAUUUAUUGGAAGAUGAAGAAUUGAUUGUUGUGCUGGCUAAUACAAAAGAAAAAGCGGCUGAGGUGAAGGAUAAACUCCUUGCCGCUGCUGAUACGCGCAAGUCGAUCAAUGAGAAGCGCGAACAGUUCCGCCCUGUGGCCACGCGCGGAUCUGUUUUGUACUUUUCGGUCGUUGAGACUUCGCUAAUCAAUUGCAUGUACCAGACAUCGCUGAAUCAGUUUUUAGCGUUGUUUAUGAAGUCAAUGGAUGUAGCUGAGAAGGCGGCACUGGCGUCCAAGCGCGUAGCGAACAUCAUUGAAACAAUGACGUACCUUUCUUAUCGGUACAUUAAUCGUGGGCUGUACGAGCGCGACAAGCUGACGUUUGUGCUGUUGUUGACGCUUAAGAUUCUCGUGACGGACUCAUUAUUGACUCGCGAGGAAGUGACGCUAUUGAUCCGAGGCGGGGCUGCUCUUGAUAUCAAUUUAGUGCGUCGCAAGCCGUUCGCAUGGCUCUCAAAUGAAGCGUGGCUCAACGUCGUUGAGCUGGCGCAAAGUUGUAAGUUUUUUACCAACUUGCCUAACGAAAUGGCUUCCAAUGAGGCCAUGUGGCGUCGCUGGUACGAAGACAAUGAGCCUGAGACUGUCGUGAUUCCCGACUAUGAAGCACGACUGACCGAGAAUGAAGCCAUUGGUCCGUAUUACAAGCUGUUGCUCGUUCGCUCACUGCGGAUGGAUCGCACGAUUCUCACGACCAAGGAGUUUAUCCGGAAUACACAGCAAAUGGGUCCACGCUAUGUCGAGCCCGUGACGGAUACGAUUGAGAGCAUUUUUAGCGAGAUGAAAGCUGAGACACCCGUAAUCUUUCUUCUUUCAAUCGGUGCAGAUCCAACCGAAAGUAUCGAGAUGCUAGCGCGUAAGCAAAAGAACCCGUCGCCGGCUGUCGUGUCAAUGGGCGAAGGUCAGGAACCUGUGGCACUCAAGGCGAUCAAUGCGGCUGUUGUCAAUGGCACGUGGGUGCUAUUGCAGAAUUGUGAGUUAGGCUUGGAACUUAUGGAGCAAAUGGAAGAAAUCAUGCUUAAACUCACUGAGACGAUGGAUCCGGGCUUCCGUCUUUUUCUCACAGCACUGCCUAACGAUCAAUUUCCGCUCGGGUUACUGCAAAUGUCGACUAAAGUGACAAACGAACCUCCACAAGGACUGCGCGCUGGGUUGUUACGGUCGUAUACAGUCAUGGUCGACCAAGAGAAACUCGAACGGGUUGAGACAACACAAUGGCGACAGCUGCUGUUUAACUUGUGCUUCUUGCACUCGGUUGUGAUUGAGCGCAAAAAGUUUGGACCGCUUGGAUGGGGCAUUCCGUACGAGUACAAUAAUGGUGACCUGUCUGCAUGUACCAUUUUUCUCGAAAAACACCUGUACAAUGGACCGAUUUCGUGGCCAACACUGCAGUACAUGGUCGCUGAAGUGCAGUACGGUGGCAAGAUCACCGACAAUAUGGACCGCCGGUUGUUUAACUUUUAUGGCGAGUGGUGUCUCACACCGGACGUGUGCUCGACUACAUUCAGCUACAACCCGUCCGAGCCGAUUUUCCGUCUUCCGAAUGACUUUAACUACCGCAUACCCGUGGCCGAUAGCAUCGACGAUUAUCGACACUUUUGCCACACGCUUCCCGAAAUUGACUCGCCGGAAAUCUUUGGCUUGCAUCCGAACGCAGAUCUUACAUACCGUGUCAAAGAAGUCAACAUGCUCCUCACUACGCUUGGAGACACGCAACCAAAGGGUGGAGGCGGUUCGUCUGGAAUUUCUCGUGAAGACGUGGUGUGUGACAAAGCCAAGGAACUACUGGACCGCCUGCCAGAAGACUACAAUGAAGACGACUACAAGGCAAAGAUUAUCAAACUUGGUGGACUGACAAUUCCGCUUAAUAUCUUCCUCUUUCAAGAAAUUCAGCGCCUGCAACGUGUAAUUGCAAAGGUGCGUUCGAUGCUGCAAUCAUUGCAAAUGGCGAUCCGCGGUGAAGUCGUGAUGACGGAGGAACUGAGCUGGACACUGGACGCUAUUUUUGACGCUAAGGUACCACCGUCAUGGCUUCGCACGUCUGUUGGGGAUGAGUUUUCGUGGAUCUUACCAACACUUGGUCUUUGGUUCUCCUCGCUCAUUUCACGCGACGAACAGAAUCGCACGUGGUUGAACACGCGCCGUCCAAAUUCAUUUUGGCUCACGGGCUUUUUCAAUCCACAAGGAAUGCUCACAGCUAUGAAACAAGAAGUGACGCGAAAGCACUCCAAGACAGACAAGUGGGCACUAGAUGACGUUGUCUAUCACACGGAAGUCACGUCAUUUGAACGUGCUGAACAGGUGCGAACGCCACCUAGUGAAGGAGUUUACAUCUACGGUCUAUUUAUGGACGGUGCUACGUGGAGUAAAGCCGAUAGUACGAUUGUCGAGUCUGAGCCAAAAAAGCUUUUUACGCCACUGCCCGUUCUACAUGUUAACAGUAUGUCUAAGGAGUUGGAGACCAAGUCUCGGAAGGAACUUUACGGUGCCGCAGGACCAUUCGAGUGUCCGUGUUACAAGUAUGCGACCCGUACGGACCGCUACUUUGUCUUCAUGGUGACAAUGAAGUGUCCGCCAGGUCGUCCACCUCGUCACUGGGGGCUACGUGGGGUCUGUCUGCUCUGUAACACGGAGUAG